AUGCCCGCUUCUCAUAAAAAGACCCUCUCAUCCAGCUACUACGAUGCUGGAUCGUUUUCUAGCAUCGCAUCUCAGGCCACAUUGACUGAAUUACCAGCAAGAUCCAAUAGCAAUCAGACCAUCAAUCGCCUUACUCGACAGCAAACCAGCGAAUCUGUUACGGUGCCUCCUGCUGUAGCCGCCAUCGGACCUGCCAUGGAUGCGCCGUUACCUUUCAGACCCUCUCUAUGGAGAGCCAACACCAUCAACUCGAGAUCCAUGAACAACACGCCUGAUCUCGAGCGAGGAGCAAGCAUCAAGUCCAACUAUUUUAAUAAACUUGACCGAGUGUCUACCAGCGCAUCGAAUAACCACAACUCCAUAACAGGAGCAGCCUAUCAGACUGAUCUCAAGCGAGACAAUAGCAUAGCCACGGCCAUCAGCAUGCGGCGGGCCGACAUCAUGGUGUCCAGAGACAAUCCGCAGCAUUUACAUCAGCAUCGCAUUAGCGGCGCAAGAAACGACGAUGAAGACACUACCAUUCAUGCAGACCUGACAGACAGCCUUGAUCAGCACAGCCUUCAUGCAACACCAUGCGUAAAAGACGAGCUUCUAUACGAGAAAAAGAAGAGUAUCAUCAUCUUAUUGGGACGAUUACUGCUCAAAUGUGGGUGUCCAUGCCACAGAGUAGACGAAACAUUGCAACAUACAUCCAAGCUUCUCGAACUGGAUGCUUCUUUUUCCUUUUUGCCUGAUUCUGUCCUGAUCACAUUUACAGACGGCGAUGAGACCCAGUCCAUCAUGGUCAAGUCGCCUCAAGGUUUCGACAACGGUAAAAUAGCAAAGAUCAAUGAUAUCAUGAACUUUUUCCAGCGAGGUGAGCUGGAUCUAGAUCGCUGCCUGGUGCUUCUCCAUGACGUUGCUACAGCGCCUCCAACCUGUGGUGUGUGGUCGACGGUUACCUUCUUCACACUGAGUAGCUUUACUGCCUCCGCCAUGAUGUUUGGAGGCACCUGGGUCGAUGCCAGUAUCAGCGGCUCCCUUGGCUUGCUGGUGGCCAUCCUGUACAUCUUGUCUGCUCAUUUUCCAAUCUACGCCAGAGUGUUUGAAAUCUCGGCAUCCGUUGUGGUGGCCAUCAUUACUAGAGCGUUGCAUAAUUACUGCUGCUUUACAAGCGUGGUUCUGUCCGCCAUCCUUAUUUUACUGCCAGGCUACACAAUGACGGUCGGUGUGAUUGAACUAUCCGCAAGACAUGUCACUACGGGUAUCGUUCGGCUUGUCUAUGCUGUAUUUUAUGCAUUUCAAUUGGCGUAUGGAUUACAGGUAGGCAGUAGUGUCUAUAAUGCCAUUGAUCCCAGUGCUCCAGAAGACGGUUUAUGUGGGCAGCCUUUGGUGUCUCCUUGGUUUUAUAUUUUGCUUUUGCCCGUCUUAAGCAUCGCCAUUGCAUUAUCCUAUGGAUCUUCUCGAAAGCAGUGGAUUUCGCAAACACUUUCGGCUACCAUUGCCUUCUGUCUCUCCUACUUUUUGGGUAAAGUGAUUCCAGAUGGUCAGAUUGUAGGCAGUAUUGCUGCGUUUGCUAUAGGGCUCUAUUCCAACUUUGCACUCAAGAUCACAGGUGAACCACCCUUGGCGCCGCUAUGUGUAGGUGUCACUCUGUUGGUACCCGGAAGUAUAGGUGUUCGAGGCGCAUAUUCUGUAUUACAUCAGACUGAUUUAACGCAAGGUAAUUUUCCAAUGCAGAUGCUGACCAUUGCAUUGGGCCUCUCGGCUGGUUUGUUUGCUGCUGCCAUGAUUGUUUAUCCGGCUGGUAAAAAGAGAUCCAUGUACAUUUCUUUGUAA